AUGAUUCCUUAUUAUUAUGGCAGCAUAAUAAUUGGUCCAAGUGGUGUUGGAAAAUCCACUCUUUGUAAAGGAUUGCUAUAGAUGAUGGAAUAAAUAUAAAGAAAAUCCAUCAUAAUUAAUAUGGACCCAGCGAAUGAAGAUUCAUAUGAAGAUUAUCUAUGCAUCAAUAUUUUAGAGCUUAUAACUGUUGAGGAUGUGAUGAAAAUGUUUAAACUAGGGCCUAAUGCAGCUUUGUUAUAUUGCUUCUAAUUUUUAUUGGAUAACAUAAAGUGGCUUUUUGAUAAAUUAUUGAAGUAUCAAGAUCAUUAUCUGAUUUUUGAUUUUCCAGGAUAGAUUGAAUUGUAUUUAGCAAAUGAUUCAAUUUACAAUCUAAUAUAAUCAUUGACAAACAAAAACAAUUCAACAUUAUAAAUAUCAUUGGUGGCUGUGCAAUUAUUUGAUUGUUUAAAUUGUUAUUAAGUGAACACAUUUAUCUCUGCAAGUCUUGUUAGUGUAACUGUAUCUGCAAAUUUAUCAUUGCCAUACUUAGCUGUUUUAAAUAAAUUAGAUUUAGUUAAACAAUAUGGAGAGAUGCCAUUAAGCUUACAAUACUAUUUGGAGGGUGAAAAUUUGAAAUAUAUGUUGGAAGUCACUGAUUAAUGUGAUGAAGAGGGAUAAAAAUUUAAGGAAAAAUAUGGACAAUUAACAUACCACAUUGCAGAGCUAAUUGAUUCAAAAGAGGUUGUUAGCUUUGAACCACUAUAUGUUGAAAAUAAAAAAUUAAUAAUGAGAUUAAUACUAAAAAUGGAUAAGGCUAAUGGUUAUUAUUUUUUGGAAAACUUACCCCCCAUUUAUAAAUCUAUACAAGAAGAUGUAGGAGAAGAAAUAGAUUUCCUUCCAACUGAAUUGGUGAUGGAGUUGGAAACUGAAUUAUUCGAAAGUAAUUGAUAUGUUAUUUAUAAAUAUAAAUCAUGCAAAUUUCUUUUAAAA